AGCACUGAACAUAUUAAAGUGUACCUCUCGGUUGUCGCGUUACGGUAGUCAGUCAGUAAACAGAGUGAUAGCGAUGAGGAGUAAUGAAUAGGAAUGAAGGCAGAUAAGAUAACCUGAAUGUCCGCUGACACAGCCACCGAUGGGAGACAAGGACGCAGGACUAUAAGGCGUUGGUACUAGUGCUACUUGACUCAAAGAGGCAGCAGAACAGAAGGAUGAGCUCAGUGCAGAGACAGCUGAGUCAGCUGCUGGGAGCAUGGAGGUGGAAGAGGAGGGCGGAGUAUUCUCUCUACUCCGCCACUGGAAUUCACUGCAGGAGCUUCUGCUCCCCCCCUUCAGGACCAGGUGCUCAACUCCGUUUGAAGCCUCUUUGCUUUUUGACAAAAAAGUCAAAUUGAACCAUGUUGUUGAUUUUGACACAAUUAAGCCUUUUUUCAGGAACAAGAAGAAGCCAUAGAGAUCCACAAGAAGAAGCUCUUCCUGUGGUUCAGCCACCUUCCUCAGGAGGAGAAACAGUUUGGAGGCUGCUUCAGCCCGGAGACCAUGCAUGUGGACCCGCUGAUCCUGGAAAGAAAUGCAGAGGAGAGGGCAGGACUGCUCACUUCCCCUCUCCAAACCCAGGCCCCCUACAGCGGCCAUGUGACCGUGGAGCAGCUGUUUGAAACCACCGAUGCCUGGAGUGAGGGCCGGGGCCUCAACGUGCUGCUGUACGGGGCCGUGGGGACCGGGAAAAGUACUGUGGUGCGGAAGCUGGUGCUGGAUUGGUGCGCUGGUACCACCCUGACUCACUUCAAGCUGCUGGUUCCUUUCUCUUGUGAGGACCUGGGCCAACUGUCAAAGGCGGUCUCCUUGAUGGACCUUGUGGGCAGGAAGUACCUCCACCUAAGAAAACACCCCCUGCUGGGCGGGGAGGGAGACCAGGCCAGGGAUGUACUCUUCCUCUUCAAUGGGAUGGAGAAAAUGAAACUGGACUUCCGGAUUGGAGCCACGGAGCUUUGCAGUGACCCCAAUGAGGUGCUGCCUCCAGGUGUAGUGGUGGUCAACCUGCUGAGGAAGUACCUCCUGCCUGAGGCCAGCGUCUUGGUUACCACCAGACUGUCUGCUCUGGACCGUAUCCCUCAGAAGUACGUGACUCGCUAUGCCCAGAUUUGUGGCUUCAAUGAUCUGGACCGCCAGCGAGCUUACUUCACCAGCCGCCUGAUGCAGCAGACUGGAGAAACUACACAUAACAAUGAGGUCAAUGGUCUGAUAGAGCUACUCUACCUCAACCUUCAGAGAGAGAGCCAGCUGGCUGCAGCCUGCUUCCUCCCGUCCUACUGCUGGCUCACAUGUGCCACCUUACACUUCCUCCAUUUCACAGACGCCAAGGCACCCAUCCGCACACUGACCGGCAUCUACACCAGUUUCCUCAGACUCAACUUUGGAGGAGAGGUGCUUGGCACAGGGACAGGGACAAAUGCGGCCAUUCAGGGGCAGCACAAUUCUCUGAUGUUGUAUGUAGUCCGUACAGUCGGGAAACUUGCGUUUGACGGCGUGACGAACAAACGCACGUCAUUCUCAGAAGAGGAACUGGAGCAGUGGAUAGGAGGGAAGACCAAGACGGAUGAGGAGCUGCGUCAGCUGGCCAUGUUCCGGACUGAUGUGCUCGACUUCUUCUUGGCUCCCUGUGUAGAAAGCUUCAAGCAUUCACCAGAAGACCCCAGUAAGAUUGAUCAGAAGCGGUAUGUUUUUGCUGUCCCGGCCAUGCAGGAGUACCUGGCAGCUCUCUACGUCGUCCUAGGAGAGAACAAAUCUGCUCUGGAGAAGAUGACCAAGGAGGUGUCUCUGGCCAUUGGUCAAGCCAGUGAGGACGUCAGUGCCAUCUUUAACAUCCUCUCUAAGUUCAUUCCCCUCCGAAUAUUCGCUGUUUUCAACCUCCUUAAGCUUUUUCCAAAGCUCUACGAGAAGAUCAGCAUUAAAAACAAAGGCAGCAUCGCCAGAACCAUGACUGCCGAGAUGUUCCGCACCGAGGAUCGCUACAACGAGGACGUACUGGAUCAGGUGGAGCAAAGCCUCCUGGGAGUCCAUGGCCCAGAGCCCCAGCAGAUCAGUGAGGCCCAGCCUUUUGAGCUCUACCCUAUCUUCAUGGGGGGGCUGUUGCAUUACGGUAACCGUGUCCUUCUCCAGCAACUCGGCUGCAGCAUUCAGAGCACCACUGUGGCCCAGAUCACUCAUGCCCUCAGGAAGUACCUUGUCAGAGAGCUGAGCCAGCCUCAGCCCCCAGAAGAGCUGAUGGAUCUGCUGCUCCUCCUCUAUGAGUUCCAGAACCCCAGACUGACCGCAGAGGUUUUGGCCUCGAUCAGAAGCAUCCGCCUCACCAACGUCCGUAUGACCUCACGCAAGUGCUUUGUCCUGAGCUCUGUGCUGUCGUGCACCCCUGCCAGUUAUCGCCUUGAAGAGCUGGACCUGUCCUCCUGCCUGCUGACUCAGGACAGGCUUCCGAUGCUGUGGCCUGCCUUCAGACACACAUUCAAACUCAAUUUGCAGUUUAACAGCCUGGGUCCUGAGUCCUGCAUCCUCCUCAGGGAUCUGCUUCUAGACCCCGAGAGCUGUAUUAGAUCUCUACAACUGUGUGACAACACUCUGCUGGAGUCUGGAGCCAGCACUCUGCUGGAGGCCUUCCCAGAGAACCAGUCCCUGACGCACCUGUCCCUGAUGCACACCGGGCUGGGGGACCGGGGGGCCCAAGAGCUGGCUGAGAGGCUCCAGCAGCACAAGGGCCUCCAGGAGCUCAACGUGGCCUACAACAACAUCGGAGACAGGACUGCCAUGACUCUGGUGGACGCCUGCAGGGAGCACCCCAGCAUCCACACUGUGCACUUGUACCUGAACCCUCUCACUGACGUGGGGAAGCAGUCGCUGUAUGUCCGAGGAGAUCCCAAGAGCCACAGCGGCCGGAGGGUGAAGGUCUUGGCUUCAGUGACCGAGGGCUCAGACCUCUCUGAGGACUGGCACCCCAUCCUCAGCGUGAUCCAGAAGAACAUCUCCUCCUGGGACCGCCAACGAGUCAAGGAGCAGCUGAAGGUGUUCCUCAGGGACCUGGAGUGGGGCCGUCAGCAGCAGCAGAGUUUCUGGAAGAGGCUGCACUUCCGCAGGGUGGAGAAGGGCGUCCGGCAGACUCUACGGAUGCUGGAGAAGGACACUAUACCUCCAUCCUCAGGAAAAAGCAAAUGGGCCAUCAACACCAGGAGGUGAAACGGGCUACAUCUUCAUAACUGUAAAGAGCUGACUGCAUUCAACAGUUUACCAAGCAUCUCAAAGAGACUUUGUUUUAUCACUUUGUCAGACAUGUUUUAAUCCUAACAGAGAAUGCAGUCAGGACUCACAGCGAGCUUUUUACCAAUAAUUGCAGCAAAAUGCAUUUUGGCGGUGUAAUGCUAUGGAACAACAAUGAGCAGCUUGACACUGACUAUUCAGGUGCAUUUAAUGAACACGAACACAUAGAUAGACUUUCUGAUGUACAUACAACUACGUGAUAACACAAGAGGAGGCUGGGGAGGCAGAUGGAGUUACAUUUAUUUGGUUUUUAAAGGUCCCCUAUUAUACUCUUUUUCAACAAUAUAGGUCUCAGAUAUAUACAGAACAUGUCUCUGAAGUGUUUGUCUCUAAAUACCAAACAGAUCAUUGUAGCAUGCCAUAAAGCCCUCUGUUUCAGCCCUGUUUCAAAAGUGCUGAUUCUGUGUCAGCACUGUUGAACAGGGCGCUAUUGGCUAAUGGUUGCACAACCCAAAAAAAACAUUUUUAUACAUAUUUAUGUAUAAAAGACAUGGAAAAGUGGAUUUUGCGUAAUAGGUGACCUUUUGAAAGGAUUUCAACAGGUAUCAUCUGAUAUGUUUUACUCUCAAACUGAAGCAGAUUGUUUGUUAAAUGCUAAUAUGCUGGGUAUAAGUUUUAAGUCAGUCUUUAUGGGUAAAAUAACAAGGCUGCUGCAGUGAUUUUGAAAUCAGGUCCAUUAAGCUGGGAGACUGACGAGUGAUUUCAUCUUGGUGCCUCCCUAAUGUGUUCCUGAAUCGGAGUCACAUGCAGCCACCUCCGUGCAAAGCCUUAUAGAACUUUUUUAAUAUAUGUAUUGAGCUAACAAAGUGUACCUUCAUGUUUUCCCUUAGACUCAUUCAGUUCAAAAGAAAACAAAUAUGUACUGCACUGUGUCGGCAUUCAAGAGGAAGUGUGUUUAUUGCUCUUCUCUGAUAUGACCAGCUGCCUUAUUUCACCACCAGCAUUUGGUUUGGUCUUGUAAAUGUGUUUGUUCUAUACAUAUAUGUAGAACAUCUAAGUAGUGCUUUGGUACAAACUGAAACGUGUUGUUACAUUUCAUUUCAUUGAGCUGUACCAAGUACCAAAAGCUGGCAUUAAAAGUCAAGUUGUAUUAAAGUUAUGUUAUGAUUAGAGUUCCUGCUAGAACCUAAAGUAUAUUAAGUAUUAAAUAUGAUAUUGUAAUUUUAGUCAAAGUUUUUGCAGAUCUACUUGUGUUUGAGUUAGUUUGCUUUGUUUAAUGGGCAAUAGGGUUUUGUAAAAACCCAUGUUCAACUACUAAUGAAAAAAAGGGCCAGUACCCAGCUGGUUUCAAAAGCACAUGAUACUCCUAUCCCUUUCCUAUGGGUUUGUGGUGCAACAUGUCAACUGUAUCAAUGGUAGGGCUGAACCAAAUAACUUCAAGCUUUUUUCUUGAAGUUGAUGAAUUAUAAUAUUUGCAGCUCCUUUUUUCUUUUCUUAUUUCUGUUUUUGUUUGAACCUGCCUUUAACCCUCCAAAUUAAAAAGGUUAUGGAGGAAUGCUGCCUUAUUUCGUAUCCGAUGUUCUAUCCUCAGAUCAGCAUGAUGUGGUGCAUGUGCAGUGCUGUAAUAUCACUGCUGGCAUGUCAUUGAAACAUGCUGCAUUAAAUGGUACAAUGUAAA